AGCAGCUGCGUGCAGGAGAUGCUCAUUCGGCUGGAGAAAAGUUCCGUCAAAGUUUGCGCGAGAAAGGUGGCCUGUAAGGGGCCAAACCAUGCUGUACUGCUGGGGAACCGGCUCCUCUGGCCAGCUGGGCCUGGGCGAGGAAGGGGCCCCCGAGCCGGUCCCUUUCCGUCGGGGCCCAGAAGUAGCCGGGGGGCAAGAGGUGGUGAUGGUAGCCUGCGGGACGCGGCACACGCUGCUGCUUUGCGCCGACGGCAGCGUGGCUUCCUGCGGGGACAACGCUCAGGGGCAGCUGGGCAGGAGGCUUCCACCGGGAGGGCAGCGCUCCUACGUGCCAGAACUAAUCCAAGCACUGGAAGUGCAGACUAUUGUCCAUCUAAGCUGUGGGAAGGAGCACUCGUUGGCCAUUUGUAACCGUGGAAAGGUUUUCUCAUGGGGAGCUGGUGCUUUCGGACAGCUAGGCUCUGGAGAAUUAAAAGACCGUUUAAUUCCAAAGAACGUGGAUGGUUUAUCUAAACACAAAAUAAUACAAGUUGCUUGUGGUCACUAUCACUCCAUAGCACUGGCAAAAGAGCAAAUCUUCAAACCAUAUUCAAUAGCUGCUCUCAGGAACCUUGAUGUGAUUGAUGUUAGCUGUGGAGAUGAACAUACCGCUGUUCUCACUCAGAACGGCAGUGUAUUCACAUUUGGAGAUAACAGUGCUGGACAACUGGGACGUGGCUCUUCAGCCCAAAAGACUGGUCCUCAAAAAGUUGACUGGAUUGAUGGUCCAGUUUCUCAUCUGGCAUGUGGAAGCUAUCAUACUGUUUGUAUCUCUGCUUCUGGGCAGCUUAUAUCUUUUGGACAUGGACCUUGGCAGCAUGGCGGAAGUGGAGCAUCUCGUAGCAAACUGGAUGAGACAGGGUGCUUCAACAUCAGUGCUCUGGCUUCUAAUGAAUUAUUGGGUAUCCAAGUAAAGCAAAUUUUUGCUGGAACAUCCAUCAGCUUUGCCACAACAUUUCAGACACAGGUUUCUGCAUGUGCAAAUAAAAGCACCUUUAUGGAAGCCUUGCCAAAGAUUAACCUGAUGGACAGGAUGCUGACAGAGAAAUGGUUGUUGGCAACAGCUGAAAGUGAGACGCGGCAGACAGCUAAAAGAGAAAUAGAAGCAGUAUUUUCCUCCCCUCCUUGUUUAACAGCAAGCUUUUUGAAACCACGAUCUGCUCUGGAGACUGGCUGCUGUAUAACUGUGGAUCUGCAAAAAGCAAGAGAAUUGCUUGAAGAGAUUUCCAAAAGGGACUGGAUUGCUGGCAGGAUCUCUUUCUCUCUGCUGAACCACCUGAUUCCUGCCCUUCCACUAAAUUCUCCUCACCAGGAGGCUCUCUCUAUCUUCCUUCUGCUGCCUGAGUGCACUGCAGCACUUGAAACCCAGAAGCUGCGGUCCGUGGCUAUUUCCUUUGCAACAGCGGUCAACAACCUGAGCAAGCGCUCUUCAGAGAUUCUAGAAAAAUAUUGGUCCUUAUUGCCAGCCUCAGAUUUCAACCAAAUUGUUCAAAUGCUUAAGAAGGCCGUGUUAUCUCAGCUGUCCUGUUAUGACUUCUAUUCUGAGUGCCAGGAAGUGAUCCCUCUCCUGAAAGUGCUGAAAAAGCUAUACAAGGUCAACAAGAGGGCUAAUUACAAGCUCCAGUUAAGCAACUUCUACAUUGAUGAACUCCGUGAAAUAAUUAGUCCCUCUGUAGAUCUGCUAAGAUGGCGUGUAUGGAAUGAUGCCCUUAAAUUUGCCGAGGACGACUGUACCUUCGCUUACUAUUGCUUUCAUUUCACCUUCAAUCUGCUGACCAAGAUGGAGAUAUUUCAUUGCGAGACCUAUUGCCUGCAAGAGAUUGCAAAGGAAAAUGCUGGGGCCACAUUGGUACGCAAUCGACUCCUGAGAAUCGGUGAACUCCCUAAGCUGCCUGUUUUCCUUUUGAGGGUGAGACGCAAGAACCUUGUUGAAGAUACUAUGCGCAAACUUAGUCAAGUGGAGGACGACUACUUGAAAAUGCAACUGUUGAUUGAAUUUGAAGGAGAGAUGUCUCAAUUUGAAUCUGGAGGGAUUUUGUUAGAAUUCUUUUCCUACGUGUUUGAGGAGAUGGUGCAGCCAGACUACGGAAUGUUUAUGUACUGUGAGCACUCUUCGCCUAUGUGGUUUCCUGCUAAGCCAACAGUAGAGAAGAAUAAAUAUUUCCUCUUUGGGAUCCUCUGUGGGCUCGCCAUGUACAACAGAGUCACUGCCUAUGUGCCUUUCCCGCUUGCAGCCUUUAAGAAACUGAUUGGCAGGAAACCCACUCUUGAUGAUUUGAAGGAGCUGAGCCCUGUCUUAGGGAAGAGUUUGCAGGCAGUUCUUGAUUACAAGGACAGUGACAUUGAAGAAAACCUUCAGCUAUUUUAUUCUAUAUCUUGGGACAACAUGGAUAUAGACUUAAUUCCAAAUGGCAGUUUGGUAGCUGUGAACAAUGCAAACAAGAAGGAUUUCAUCAACAAGUACGUGGAUUACAUCUUCAACAAAUCAGUGGAGGGAAUUUUCCAAGAGUUCAAGAGAGGGUUUAACAAACUCCUUCCUGAGCCAGUGGUUGAGCACUUCUUUGAGCCCCAGGAACUGAUGGAUGUGGCAAUUGGGAAUGCAAAUUAUGAUUGGGACUUAUAUGAAAAGAAUGCUAUAUACUGGGGGAUGUACAGUGCAACACACCCUACUAUAAGGAUGUUCUGGAACGUUUUCCAUGAGCUUACUUUGGCUGACAAAAAAGGCUUUCUGUUAUUUGUUGUAGGAAGUGACCGGGUCCCUGUGAUGGGGAUGAACUCCUUGCAGAUAAAGAUCCAUUCGCAUAAGUCGUUUUCAGAAGAACAUAUCCCUGAAGCCCAGAUCUGCUUUCAUCUGUUACUUCUGCCAACUUAUUCAAAAAUAGAAAAAUUGAAGGAGAAACUUCUUCAGGCUAUUGAGAACAAUCGAGGCUUUGGCAAACAGUAAAGCUGCCAACUCUGAAACAGAGACUUGAGAUUGCAUUAUGUAUAGCAAAUGGAGGGAGGAUUGUAUCAUAAUUGGGCAGCUGUUCGCUGACCUUUGGCCAGUUGCCUGGCUGAUCCUCCCCCCCCCCCAAUUUAAGAAAAAAUAUUUGAGAACUUAGUGUAGUCUCUUUUGAUGUAUAAUCACCACAGUUUGUACCUAGUGGGUGUGUCUUCUAAGAAUCCAAAGUUACCCUUAAAUGGCCAUAUUCCUGUAUUUUUCCUGUUACCCCCUUUUAAGAUGUGUUUUUAUGGUGAUUUUUAGUUACCAUUGCAGCACCAGCAUAAACCUUUUCAGGUUUGAACUGAUAUGAUAUCUCACCAGGUUUGGAGAUGUAGGAUAGCUUUUUAGUUUAUUUUUUUAAUACCAAAAUUUAAAUGAAAACACACAAUAUACUCAAAUCAUCAUAAGAAUUCUUCUGGAACAAGUAAUAAAAGCAUAUUAAAAUGAUAGAUUUUCAGCCAAAA